GGGCUUACAUGUCUUCAGGCUUUGGUUACCGGGGAGCUCCUUGCUCUGCCUCUGUCUCUCUCGUCCCCAGACUCCUCUGGUCUUCCCCCCAUCUCUUCCCCUCCCUGUUCCCUCUCUCCUUCUCCAGCUUGGGUUAGACUGGAGGAAGAGGAGGGUUAACCACCUCUCCCUCACCCCCUCUCCAUGCCUCCUAAGGGCCCUGCAGGCAAGAGCAGAGGCACUCUGGGCAGCUGGGGGAGCCCAUCUGGGCGAGCCUCCCCGAGGUACUGCCUUCUCCCAGAGUCCCACCGCAGGCCCCAGCUUCACCGCGCCGCUGUCUGCUGCCCCAACCAGAUUUCUGUUUCCUUUCCUGGGCUGCCUGGUGAGGGGGGGCCUGCGCCCUGUGAGCCUCACAGACAUGUUCAGUGCUUGGGAUCGCCGGGAGCGGCCCCCAGAGGAAGGAGCAGCCGCAGGGCUCCAGGGCUUCGGUGUGGACAAGACCUUCCUGUCUUCCCUCAAAGGCAUCCUGCUGGAAACUGAGCUGGCCCUGACCUUCAUCAUCUUCAUUUGCUUCACGGCCUCCAUCUCCGCCUACAUGGCUGCCGCGCUGCUGGAGUUCUUCAUCACGCUCGCCUUCCUCUUCCUCUAUGCCACCCAGUACUACCAGCGCUUCGAUCGGCUUAACUGGCCUUGUCUGGACUUCCUACGCUGCAUCAGCGCCAUCAUCAUCUUCCUGGUGGUCUCCUUUGCUGCUGUGACCUCGAGGGAGGGGGCCGCCAUUGCUGCUUUUGUUUUUGGCAUAAUCCUGGUCUCUGUCUUUGCCUACGAUGCAUUCAAGAUCUACCGAACUGAGUUGAUGCCCAGGACCACUGAGGGGGACCAGCAGUGAUUCCAGGGUUACCUGGCUCCCACGACCAGACACAGGAAGUGCAGAGCCCGGAUGUGUCCCCUUUGGAUUCACUGAACCUCCCAAGUGCCCAGCAUCUACUCCACGUCUAUAGAGAUGUGUGCUUGAGAAGUCCCAGGGGAAUCUGUGAAAAGUGAUGCCAUUCUGGGGGUCGGGGUAGGUUGCUGUGCCUCCAAGUCAUUCUCAAAUUAAAAAAAAUCAAAUUCUA